AUGCCAGCACCAUCCAACAAGACGGGCGGCAUUGAACCCCCGGAGGAAAUCUCCUGGAUAGCCGCCCAGGGCUUCAUGACCGGCGUGUUCCGCUUUGGCUCUGUAUCCAUUUUGGCUCAUAUGAUUCUUUCCUUACCCCACCCCUUCGUCUUCUCCGCGCCAAGUCCGCCCGCGUAUCCCGCGACACAACCCCGUCCACGCCCAUCCAUCUUCUCCCGCGAUUACCUCCGCUCACGACUCUUCCACCGUCCCCUGGAGGGUUUCUCAAGCUGGAUCUCCCCGCAGUCCCGUAUCUACCGCGGUCUAACGCCGCAAUUCAAGGUCUUCCUGCAAGUUGCGGUGAUGACUUUGGGUGGUUGUAUCUGGCAAGAGAAACGCGUGACGGAAUACAUCGAGCUAGUUCGACGGAUUAAACGCGCGGAGCGAGUGGAGGCUGAAAGGGCGGAGGGUAAUCGCCGAUAA